UGCCGACUUCAUCACUGGCACUGUCAUCUCUUCCAUGGAGUACGAUACAAGCAUUCGGGCCGUCUCCCCAACCAGUUCAAUAGGCUCUACGUGUCACGAUAAAACGUCGCCUUCUGACGAUGAGCUACCUCAGUCAGCUUUCGAACGGAAAUGGGAGGAAAAGAUUGGACUAGGAAGACAGAGAGCUGACGAAGAAAAGGCUGAAUGCUAUGUACUCUUUGCACGGCCAACCACGCCGAGCAGUGAGCAAUCUUUGUACGAACGAAUUCUGCACAACCUUCGCUGCGAAGUCGACCAAAUACGUGAUAGCGAAAUAUUCGAGCGAAGCGUGUCAUUUGGUCUACAAGAUAUCCUUGACCAGCCUUCGACAAAUAACGUUGAAGAAAUUCUCCAGAGCAUGAUGUCCGCAUCGUCUAAGACUGGAAGUCAGUGGGCCGAUGACUGUGAUCAUAGUUUUACAAUGUUUGGCUCCAAUGUUCGAGCAAGUAGUUCUACAGGGAAACGAGACAAUGGCAGCCAGAGACUUGCCAGAUAGGAUCAUUAUCUUCUUUGCUUCGUUGCCAUUAUUUCUACUGAAAUCACCCCCCACAUACCGCUUCAGAACUUGUAGUAUGUCAGUACCCUACCCUACCACAAUUAUUAUUAUUUCACAUUUAUGGAUAGAGCAAUUAUUUUUUUAUCAAUUU